AUUCACUCCAAGACAACCAGGCUUCAAGUAAAGUAUGGUCACCAUCCCAUUUGUCGGGCUUUGCCUGGCAUUUUUGGCCGUUCCAUCGGCACAAAUCACGCCAAAGAAGAACCUAACAAUUGGAGGGAUCUUUGACAUUGAUACUGACGUAGCAGCGGACAGCUCAGCCAACAUGAUCCCAGCUGUAAAAAUGGCGCUGAAGCAUGUCAAUGAAGACCCGAAUAUCCUUAAAGACUAUCACAUCAACCUCGAAAUCAAGGACGUUAAGUGCAAAAACGAAUACUCAAUCAAAGCACUCAUCGAUUACAUGCGAGAAGACAAGCAAAAGAUAAUGAUCAUCGGUCCCGGAUGUUCGGAGUCAGCCGAGCCUUUCGCGAAAGCCGUUCAUUUCUAUAAUCUCAUCCAGAUCUCCAUGGCCAAUGCAAAUCCUGCUUUAGGAUGCAAAAAGAUCUACAAAACCUUCGUACGAACAGUACCACCAGAACACUACCAAAAUAUGGGUCGUGUGGGGCUAAUACAAAAGUUCGAUUGGCACCAAGUUGGCAUAGUCCAAGAGUCUCUAGAUACAUUUCUCGGUCUAGCGAAUGAUCUUGUUAAGAGGCUUAAAAAGGCAAACAUUAGUAUAGUAUCUCAUGAGAUCUUUAAGGGCGAUGGAGGAAGUCUAGCUAUUGAAAAUCUUAAGAGAAAAGACGCGCGUAUCAUGUUUGGGAUGUUUCGAGAAACCACAGCUCGUCAAGUGAUGUGUCAGGCCUACAAGCAAGGUAUGUGUGGACCAAAGUACGUGUGGGUUCUAAUGUCCGGUAGCUAUCGACCAAACUGGUGGACUGUCAACGACACAAGCUGCACGCCCGAACAAGUCCGGGAAGGGCUUGGGAACUACUUUGGCACCAAGGCCCUGUUGUAUGAUGGGAAUGGUGGAAAUACAAUUGCCAAAAGAACGAUAAAAAAGUUAGAAGAUGAAUAUCUCGCAGAAGCUCUCAAAAGUUAUAAAGAACCAAAUCCAUACGCAUCGUUUGCUUACGAUGCGGUGUGGACGGCUGCUCUCGCCCUGCAAAACUCACUCAGCAAGUUUGACAAAUAUAACGAGACAAAGGGUUGUGGAUUGGAGGACUUUACGUAUGAAAAUCAAUUCAUGGCAGACAUGUUCUUGAAUAGCAUUAAGACCGUUAGCUUUCAAGGAAUGUCGGGUAACCUCAUUUUUGACAAAAAGUUCGAACGACUUGGAACACUUCAGAUUGAGCAAUUACAAGAUAAUAAGCUUACUAACAUUGGAAUGUUUUGUAUGGUAACAAAGAAACUAAAGCUGUUGGAUAACGCAGAGCCUAAAUGGCAAGGACAAAGUAAACCAGUUUGUCAUGCAGACAGAAUCCAAACUCAUCGUUACAUCGAACAGGGAGUGUUCUAUUUUAUGUCAUCCUUCUGUGCUGUGGGGAUAUUAAUGGCAGUCACUUUCCUGGUAUUCAACGUUCGAUAUAGCCAUAUAAGGUAUAUCAAGAUGUCCAGUCCUCGUCUUAAUAACAUCAUCCUUACCGGGUGUAUCUUGAUUUACGCCUCGGGUAUUGCAGCCGGUGUCGAUGGGCAAUUUGUUUCUGAGAAAGCACAAAAACUUAUAUGCCAGGUACAAGCAUGGAUGGUGUCCAUUGGAUUCACGUUGGCGUUUGGCGCACUGUUUUCCAAAACCUGGAGAGUACACGUGAUUUUCUUGAACAAGACAGAGAGAAAGGUGAUCAAAGACCAUCAGCUGUUUGGUCUUGUGGUGGCCUUCCUAGUCAUUGAUGUCAUUGUUCUGAUCUGUUGGCAAGUUUUGGAUCCACUGUACGUGACCGUUGUUGACAUGAUGCCCGAGAUCCUCAAAGACGGUGAUGCGAUUUUGUUACCUCAAUACAGUCACUGCACAUGCAAACAUAUGACGGUCUGGACAGGAAUACUGUAUGGAUACAAGGGAUUCCUUCUCGUCUUCGGUACCUACCUGGCUUGGGAGACUAGAAAGGUUUCAAUCGCAGUGUUGAACGACUCCAAGACGAUUGGUAUCUCCAUCUAUAACGUCAUCGUCCCAUGCAUUCUUGUCAUUCCUAUUUUGCACGUGAUCAAAGACAAUGUCAGCAUCGUCUACGGCAUGAUGUCGCUACUUUGCGUCCUUUGUACCACUGUUACGCAAUGCCUCAUCUUUGUGCCCAAGGUGAUGUACAUUAUGAACAAGAAGCCAGGCGAUGAUGAUGGCUCGCAGUUCAGCACCCUUCCGGCUAAAAGUGGUAAAAAUUCAUCUGAGUCUAACAUGAGCCAAAGUUAUGAUUCAUCAUGCUCUUCCGUUACUAGCGUGCCCCACGCUCCCAGAAACGAUGCUUAUUCUUUCAAAGGUAAAGAUGAAGAGCCUCCAUUGUCAACUAAAGAUGUAAACAUCAUCAACAACGGAGAAGCGAAACAAAACAAUGCUUGAUUACAAACAGAGUCCCGGUGAUUUUUUGACAUUUAUUUUGUUACACCUCUUUGAAUAACCAAGUUACGAAUUUUACCUCAGUAGUCAUACACAAAGGAAUCAAGGCGUGGUACCAUGCACAGAGCUCCGUCAUUCGUGAAAAGACAAUAGUUUUUCACGAUUGACUGAGCUUUAUGCACGGCGGCUUGUCUUGAUUCUUUUGUGUGGAAACUAGCAGUAAACUAGUGUCAGCUGCGUCAGUGUUUCUGAAGAAACAGUUGUGUUGAUGUUUUCCCGUACCAUAUUCAAGCUUUUAUUAUUCAUCGUGUAUAAGUCAUUGUGGUGGACGAAAUCUUAUUUAUAAAUUUCUUUUACUGACACAAUUAAGUCGGCUUUAGAUAUUUUGUUUCAGUGGCGAUACACAAAACAAAACAAUGGAUAAUCUUGAUUUAUUCUUUUAUUUCCCCGGAGCUUCGUCUGCAAUUCUUUUGUGCAUGGUCACUGAAACAAAAUAUCUAAAGUCGGCUAUUAUAAGUUAAGCGUUUGAACCUGUCCUAAGGAUUUUUUUAUGUAAUAUAUAUAAGCAAUGGGUAUACAGCUAUUUCAAAAAACGUUG